CGCCAAAUUCAGCUCAGCGACUACUUCAAGUCAGAAUUAGAACCGUAGUGGAUCUUGGAAGUUGGAAAGAGACAACUCUCGGUUAGUGCUCUCAACUCUUACUGUAUUCCAGCCAGAUAGAUCUUUUAAGUUGAUCUCAUCUCUAGCUCAUUUACUAUUGAAUUCUCAGCGAUGGACUCGGAGGAAGCACGGGAGAUCCUGUUCAACGUUCGCACUUUUGUGAAAGGCGUCGACAUCCGUAAUGGACGGAAGCUCUCUAGUGAAGAACAUGCACGUUGCGCCCUCCAUCUUCUCCAGACCCUACCAGCUGCCCGCACAGCCGUCCUGGAUUUUCUUUGCCAUGUCUUUGAUGAGAGUGUCAACUUGUACCUGUAUGAGCUGGAAGGAGAAGGGGCAUCAAGCAUGGGACUUCACCUAGAUGAACUGAUAGAAGAUAUCUACAAGGUGCUCAAGAAAUUGAUAGAAGAUAGUCCUACAGCCUGGUCUCCCAUCCUCUCUGCUUGGUCCAUUGCUCUGCUAGGACAGAUCAGUAGUAAUUAUGCCAGUCGCAGAGGUGUACCACAUCCAUCUAACCUCAAUGAGCUUCUACAGCUCUGGAUGACAUGCAAAGCCACAAGAACCAUCAUGGAUCUAGCAACACACUGUAUAGCAGCAAUGAGCUCUUCCUGCCCAGAUCCAUGUGUAGAUGCUCUCCUCAACACCUCUGUACAACACUCACCUCAUUUUGAUUGGGUUGUAGCACAUAUAGGGUCCUGCUUCCCAACAACAAUCAUCACCCGUGUGCUCUCAUGUGGACUCAAAGACUUUUGCUCUAGCCAAUCAUCUGAGGGACAGCUCAUUGCCACGGAAACCAAGGUUCCAAAGGUUGCAUCGGUGGUUGGUAUCCUUGGUCACCUGACUUCUCAGCAUUCUCAGGACAUCCGUAAAGCCUUGCUCGAUUUGUUCCAGGAAAGCCUAGAUGGUAAGAAGGACCACGAUGUCUUCACUGUACCGUUUCUUCUUCAGCUUGCUACCAUGUCACCCAUGCUACUCAAGAUCAUCACCACAGAUUUUGUUCAAGCCUUGACCCCAGAGGUCCUUAACAGAAUCUCUGAGCAGUUCCGUGACUCGACCGUCCUGAAGAGAGACAGGGACAGUCUUCUCACUCUUGUCAUUCAUCUCAUCUGUCGAUCCGGUAACGGAGCAUUCAACCUCCUCCUCUUCCUCCUGGACACAGGCUGUGAUGACCAGAGGUCAACCAAGGUCAAGGAGGGGUCAAAGGUCAAUAAAAUGGUCCAAUACACAUGUGCUCUGGUAUUGGAUCUCCUAUUACUGGAUCUUCAGCGGUCAGCCUACAGCCAGUCUGGUAACCUAUCCCUUCUUGCUAGUCCUCAGAUCAGUCAGGAGAGUGGUAACAUACCCUUUCUCAAUGAGCUUCAGAAGCACACCUCUCUGUUGUGUGAUGACAUAAUAAGCUCACAAGGAAGAAGAGUUGGAUGGUUGCAGCGGAUUCUAUCUCUGAUCUCAGUGCAGUCUGGGGAGUCAUGUGCAUCAGACAUCCUUAGCUUUAUACUCAUCAAUGAAUCUAAUCCAGCAAAGAUCGGUCUAUACAUCAGUAUCCUGACAGAGAUUGAGACCAGUUAUCCUUCAGUGCUCCCUGCCGCCAUCCAGAAAUCAGUCAAUCAACUGCAGAGAACUACCCCAAAGCAGACACUGCAGCUCUUGACCAACCUCAACAAAUUGCUGUCCUUCAAGACUAGCACCCAUUCCAGCAAGAUGACCUCUCACCUUCGCACCCACUUGACCCGUCACCUCCAGAUGAUUGCCAGCCAGCUUCACCAUGGCGACCUGGGCGUGGCUUGUCAGACAGUGGAUCUCUUGAAGCUGAUUGGUCUACCCGAGCUGAUUGACAUGUCGACCUUGCUCUGCUUGUGUCAGUCGUCUGUGGAGUUCUUCUUUGCAGCAAUGCAUAGUGCAGAUACCAUGGAAAGGUUAAAGACCUUGGAAACAUGCAGCAGUUAUUUAACCUUCUUAUGCAGUCAUACCACCGCCCAAUCCAUUGUUCUCAGAGCCUUACUCGUCGGGUCUGUGCAAGUGCAUAAUUCGCAACUGUUUGCCAAUGCGAGUAAUCACUCUGCCCAGCACCCUCAGUCCCGCUCACAAUCUUCCAUGAUGGAAUCUUCUCUCGGAUCAGCUUAUCUACUAAAACACAACCAGAAGUUCUCCGGGUCUCUGACAGUCCCUAGAAGUGCAUCUACAGCAUUCCAUUCAGGCAUUAUUGGACAGGGGGCUAGGAAGAAGCUGCCUGGACAAGCUGUGUCAGAUAUUGUAAGAAACGAAACAGACCAACUCUCGCCUGCUGGUAGAGGCCAUCUCCUCCUGCGCCCACGUGAGACCACGCCCUGCCCCCUCAUAAAGGCUGGUAACACCCAUCUGCUCCCCUUGGACCCCAGGGCACAGGGCAUUCAGCAAGCAUCCAGGCAGCCUGUAGCCAGAGCUACAGGGAAGCUCAUGGCAGAGACACUGAUGGAGAUUCUGUGUCCUGAUGUGAGCCAUUCAGAGGAAUACUGGCCAGACGAGGAGAUGAUUAAGCAUACCAUUGAAAGGGAUUUGAGUAUUAAGAAGAGGGUUGAUGAGUAUCCUUUUACGUGGGACGUCCUGGAAAUCAUUUCAAGAGCCAAGCCAGCACUGUGCUACUGCUCUGGUCUAUUGUACAGUGUUAUGGCAACACUCAUCUCUCACUGGGAGUCAUCCCGUGAUGAGACUGCAGGGGAUUCCAAAGGUCAUCUUCUGGUCACCUGUCGUCUUGUCCACUGUAUGAACCUGGCUGGAUUCCUUCCCCCACCCCUGAACCAGUGUCAUCCAAUCUUCAGUGAACUCACUCCUAGAGAGGUCUACGUCCUUCUCAGUAACAUAUGGGCAUUCCUAACGGAUAACCCACCCAUAGCAGAAGUCUUCAUUGAAACUGAUGAACAAGGCUUACCCUCCAGAGCUUUCCCGCAAGAAUUGGUGUCCAAGUACGCUGAGGUUGUAAGGAGUCUAGUCCAUCGAAGUAUCCAUAAGUUUGGUCAUCUCUACGCCCAUCUCUGUCCUGUUCCAACUCAGAUUUAAAUGUGUACACAGUACAGCCUUUUUAGCAGGCUCAAUAUACUACUGGUUACAUGCAUUAUGCAAACACAUCGACCAGAAUAAAUAAAGGUGCCUAAAAACGUAUGAGCAUUACCCUGGCUUUUGGCCCAGUUGCUUCACAUUCUGAACACAUUCAAAGCCUGCGUUUAAUUAGGUUUAGUUGUAAUAAUUGAUGUCAAUCAAUUUGACAAGAAAUAAGAACUGCGCUAAUACACCAUACCUUGAAAGCAGCUCUAAAGAAAUCCCAUAUUUGAUGGGUGUAUAACACAUGCAUUGCAUUCAAUUUCUAAGUUAACCAAACCUAUUCCUAAUGAUGACCCCUGGACUUGUCAAGAUGACCCUAAUCUUAACCUAAAACCCAUUCACACUGUCAGUAGCUGCAUUUACACUGCAAGCAAAAAUCAUUGAAUUUUCUCACAUUCUAUGUGUUAGUUCGGUAGUUGCAGCAACUACCUGCCUGCUCUUGAACUUCGGUACGAAUCUGUGUUUCUUUGUGUGUGAUCACAUGCAGAGCAGCGACAAGUGGCAUAUGCGCACUAACCACCAAGAAAGUGUAAUGAGCAAUCACCACCAUUUUUCUGGCUUUUUCCAGUAGUGUAAAUGGCAGUCAAAAUAUUGACUAUUGUUCUAAAUGGUGUUUGGGUUGUGUAAACGGGCUUAUUCAGUACUAAGCACACAUGUACAUGCAUCUUUCUUUAAUAGCGAUUUAAAAUGUCCAAGGAUAUUUUCUUUGAAAAGUUUUAUCCCUGAAUAUUGCUUCAGAACAAGAACAAUCAUUUAGAUGUUGCUUUUGAUCUUACAAGCAUUUAUGCUUACAAGCAUUUAUGCUUUCUUAGCAGUCGGGUAAAAUAACCACUACCAUUCUUUCAUUCCCGUAUUUGAUACCUCAUGUGAAUCGAGACUUGAGAAAAUACAAUUGGAAACAUUCAGAAUAAAAUAACAAUAUUUCAUGUGAAAUUGGUGGGAAAAGUUACAUAAUAUUGUAAAUAUGUCUGUAGAUAUUUUGUAUUAAAAUACUUCUGCAAAAUGAGUCUUAAUUUCUUGUUUUGUAUUUUGUUAAGCA